AGCGCCCAGCAGCCGGCCCCAGCAUGACGGACCAGGCGGCCUUCGACACCGACAUCGUCACCCUGACCCGCUUCGUCAUGGAGGAGGGCCGGAAGGCCCGCGGCACGGGCGAGAUGACCCAGCUGCUCAACUCGCUCUGCACCGCGGUCAAAGCCAUCUCCACGGCCGUGCGCAAGGCGGGCAUCGCGCACCUCUAUGGAAUUGCUGGCUCUACCAACGUGACGGGUGACCAAGUGAAGAAGCUGGAUGUCCUCUCCAACGACCUGGUCAUUAACGUGCUACGCUCAUCCUUUGCAACCUGUGUUCUUGUGUCGGAAGAAGAUAAACACGCCAUAAUUAUAGAACCUGAGAAAAGGGGUAAAUAUGUGGUCUGUUUUGAUCCCCUUGAUGGAUCCUCCAACAUCGAUUGUCUUGUGUCCAUUGGAACCAUAUUUGGCAUCUACAGAAAGAACUCUACUGACGAGCCUUCUGAGAAGGACGCCCUGCAGCCGGGCCGGAACCUGGUGGCCGCUGGUUAUGCGCUCUAUGGCAGUGCCACCAUGCUGGUCCUGGCCAUGGCCUGCGGUGUCAACUGCUUCAUGCUGGACCCGGCCAUUGGCGAGUUCAUUUUGGUAGACAAAGAUGUGAAAAUCAAGAAGAAAGGGAACAUCUACAGCCUCAACGAGGGCUACGCCAAGGACUUCGACCCCGCGGUCACCGAGUACGUCCAGAGAAAGAAGUUCCCCCCCGAUAACUCAGCCCCCUACGGCUCCAGGUACGUGGGCUCCAUGGUAGCUGAUGUCCACCGCACUCUGGUCUAUGGAGGGAUCUUUCUGUACCCAGCAAACAAGAAGAGCCCCAAGGGAAAGCUGAGACUGCUGUACGAAGGUAAUCCGAUGGCCUACGUCAUAGAGAAGGCGGGCGGAUUGGCUACCACCGGGAAGGAAGCCAUACUGGACAUCAUGCCCACGGACAUCCACCAGAGGGCGCCGGUCAUCUUGGGGUCCCCUGACGACGUGGCUGAGUUCCUGGAGAUAUGUAAGAAGCACGCUGCCAAAUGAAGAGACAUCUUGUCCCCCCCCCCAUGGCCUUUUAUCCGGACUUUUAUCUCACAUGGCCCUACCCCGUUCUGACUGCAUUGUACAUCCCUAGACAGCAGAAAUAAAAAGCACAGAUAUCUUCAGCAUCAAA